AUAUCUGGCUGGAAAGGAGGAGAAAAUGACUCCUACUGCUCCCUCUCUUUAGAGUUUCAUCUCUCCUUUUUUUUAUUAUCAGUUCCUCACUGCAUGUUAUUUGGAGGCCAUUCAGGGCUAUUAAUUUCUCUAGUCCGUGAAUUUGCGCUUUCUCGUGGGAAGGAUAUCUUAAUAUACUAGACAGUGAAAUAACAGGGGAGUCGAAGGUAAACAGGCGACCACCUGUUGAUCUGCUUCGGACGUGGAAGAUCGAGGACGACUGCUGUGCCACACGUAAGACUUCAAGAUCAAGCUAGAUCCGUCGAGACUUUCGUCGAAGUUUAAUUGUACUCAUUAAAACAACAGCUAAGUCCAACAGGUGUACUUUCGACGAUCACGAGUACCAAUCUAUUUUCACGGUCAUGGUCUGAAGGCAGCAAGAUGCCAGAUAACACCAGUCUCAACGCUAUUGUGUCGCUCUCUCAAGAGGACAUAACCAAAGAUGAAUGUGAAAACAUGGUGACUCAUUGUAGUCGCGGGGUGAAACAAAAACUGCAGCAUCAACAGAAGCAGAAGCAGCUGCAACAGCAGAAGCAACAGCAACAGAACCGGCAACAACAGCAGAAGCAGCUGCAACAGCAACAUGAGAAGCAAAAGCAGAAACACUUGCAACAGCAGCAGAAGCCACUGAAGCAGCAGCAGCAGCAGCAGCAGCAGCCAGGGGCAGUGAAACAUAAGCGAGGCAUGGGUCUUGCUAGCCAGGUGUCCUUCAUUACCGAGGGUCUUUACCUGUGUGGGGCGAGAGCGGUGCGUCAGGCACGGCUCAGGGAACUGGGUGUGACUUGUGUUGUCAACGCCACUGUCGAGCUGCCCACACUGCCCCUCGAUGGCGUCGAGGUCGUACCGGUUAGAGUCUCCGAUGCCCAGGACUCUGACCUUGCCGUCCACCUUGACACCAUCAGUGACAAGAUAGAGGAGUUGCGUAGACGCGGUGGGUGCGUGAUGGUACACUGCGUAGCUGGAGUCAGUCGUUCUCCAGCUCUUGUACUGGCGUAUCUGGUCAAAUACGAGGACAUGAGCUUACGCCAAGCGUUCCUUCACGUGAGGAGUUCGCGUCCUAAUAUACGCCCAAAUGCUGGUUUCUUUUCUCAGCUUAUAGACUUUGAGCAGCGGGUGCGUGGAUCAACUAGCGUGGCCAUGGUGAAGGACGCGGCGCUAGGACUCUCCAUUCCUGAUGUAUGUGAAGACGAACUCAAGGUGCUACGCAACACAAGGUGGGCUCGGAUGAUAUAUGAACGACGCAACUUUGAAAGACUCUAUGCGUAGCGAUAAUUCACGGCUCACGCCACAGAAAAUCUGAUCUCAGAACACUUCAGUUUCCUUAUAUGCAUCUCAUAGUAUAAUUUUGUGUGGUAGUUUAACUCAUACUAGUUAAACCAGAGCAUUCAACAAAGUGUUCUUGACCAACAAUGGAAGAAUAACAUUUAAUUCAUGUCGACCAAGCUGAUAAUUUUUGUAUUAAAAUCCGUAUUAAAAUUCCUGUUAUAGAGGAAUCAUUCAAGACGAACUAUUUACCGUCGAGGGCGACGAACAUCUGGAUGUUGGUUAUGCCUCGUGACUAAAAAGAUAGAUAUCUUAUUUUUAAAAACGUUUUGUCAGUUUUACCAUAUACAAAGAAUCGUAACUAUUUUUUUUAAGAAUUAAUUCCCUUUAAAGGGAUAGAUUGCCUUAGUGUUGGUGAAGGAUUUGCAACUUCCCUUCCCUUGGAUCAGAUCUGAUUACCUCCCAUUCCCCAGGCUCUUCUCUUCCCAAGAAGUUUGAAAACAUUGCCUAAUUACACCAUUAACCUCUGAGUUAUUCUACAUUACCAUCGUCUCUGAAGUACUAAAUGGUUCUGUACAACACCUAUGGGUUCUAGAGAACUAUUAAUAUGUAAGAAUUACCUUAUUUCGCGGCUUAUAAGACGCGGCUUAUAAGACUUGUUUUAGUUUCAAUUGCUGGCCAUCGUACGUAACUGGGAGAGCUACAGCCCACCCAACACCCCAAACGUAUAGCUCCCGUCACUGACCUUCAGUUUAUAGGACGCAGGGUGGUUUUUGGAGACAUUUUAUAGAAAAAAACAUGCGUCUAAUAAGCCGCGAAGUACGAUAAUUGCUGUCGUUAAAUGAUGGAUCUGUAACCAACGAGGAGCCAGUAUAAGCACUCAGUAUAAGCUUAGUCUAUCACAACGCAAAACGAAAUGUUAAUGAAUGGUCCUUACUGUAAUCACGUUUGUCCUCGGGAAAAAAUUAGCGAGGUAUUCUUCCAGGGUAAGAUAGAUGCAUCCUAGAACCCAGAAGGCUCUAACUAACCACAUUCUAGGUGGAAGAUGUAAACAUUAAAGCAUUAGAUAAAUGCGUUAUAUGCCCCAAAGUUAGACAUAUUUUCUAGGAAUACCCAGAUACGCAACUCCUUAGGAAGAGGUGACAGCAUCCUUCCACGCAGGUAGUGACAUCUGUUGAUCUCACCUGUUAUCAAGUAAAGUUAGUUUGACGCCAAAUCGGAGACCCAAAUCUAGGUGGUUUUUAGUUUCAUUUGAUAUAUUAUUAAUGUAAUCAGCCAUAUGAGCAAAACAAAGUUAUUAUAGUAUAUACACAUGUAUAUAUACACCGGGAAGUGUAUGUAUCCGAGUAUACAUACAAAGAAUUUAAUCCCAAUUUUAGGGAUUACAAUAUGCAUGACUGGUGGUGUACGGGGAACAUGCAACUUUAAAGACUCUCUUGUUGACGAUGGUCUUUCAACCUAACCAACAGACCUGUCUCUCUCUCUCUCUCUCUCUCUCUCUCUCUGUCUCUCUCUCUCUCUCUCUCUCUCUCUCUCUCUCUCUCUCUCUUACCCUUCAGUGACUGCCUAUCAAAAUUAUCUUUUCAGUCUGCGCAUUUAAAACUAAUUUGCUAAGACAAAUGUGUAACUAUUCUUACUCUUGUUCUAUUUUUUUGGACAAAGCUAUGAAUAAUGUAUGCGAGUUUGUCAUAACAACUGGGGCUGCAUGACCCGUACACUUUUAGCGCUUUUCCCUGAAUAUAGUAGAAAGUUUCUUAACUAUGCAGUUGGAAAGUAAAUUUGAAGGUUUUUCAUGGUGAUGUGUGUUACAUAAACUGUAUCUAUGUUUAUCUAUCUUUACUGUUCAUGCACAUCUUGUACUCAGGUGUGAAGUGUCAUGUGAAUCUUGUACUCAAGUGUGAAGUGUCACUGAACCUUGUACUCAGGUGUGAAGUGUCGUGUGAAUCUUGUACUCAGGUGUAAAGUGUCAUGUGAAUCUUGUACUCAAGUGUGAAGUUCCAUGUGAAUCUUGUACUCAAGUGUGAAGUGUCACUGAACCUUGUACUCAGGUGUGAAGUGUCAUGUGAAUCUUGUACUCAAGUGUGAAGUUCCAUGUGAAUCUUGUACUCAGGUGUGAAGUGUCAUGUGAAUCUUGUACUCAAGUGUGAAGUGUCACUGAACCUUGUACUCAGGUGUGAAGUGUCGUGUGAAUCUUGUACUCAGGUGUGAAGUGUCAUGUGAAUCUUGUACUCAUGUGUGAAGUGUCACUGAACCUUGUACUCAGGUGUGAAGUGUCGUGUGAAUCUUGUACUCAGGUGUAAAGUGUCAUGUGAAUCUUGUACUCAAGUGUGAAGUCCCAUGUGAAUCUUGUACUCAAGUGUAAAGUGUCACUGAACCUUGUACUCAAGUG